AUGGCUGAGGUGGCGCGCGCGUUCCACAUGAACAUCCUCGCGUGGAGCCAGAAUCUCACACAGGAACACGCCGAAGCCAACGGCGCAGCCCUCGUCAGCAAAGACGACCUGCUGGCACAGUCCGAUCUCGUUACCAUCCACACGCGCCUCAGCGAACGGACUAGGGGACUGCUUGGCGAGCGCGAACUCAGUCUGAUGAAGCCGACCGCCUAUCUGAUCAACUCAUCGAGAGGCCCCAUCAUCGACGAAGAUUCUCUAGUUAACGCGCUCAGGUCGGGCGCGAUAGCGGGCGCCGGACUCGACACAUUCGACCAGGAGCCGUUGCCCACUGACCAUGCGUUCCUGAGCUUGGACAAUGUUCUGCUGACGCCGCAUCUGGGCUAUGUGACACAGGAGACCUACCGCGGAUUCUACGGGCAGACCUUGGAGAACAUCCGCAACUUCAUUGAGGGCAGCCCGCAGCGAGUAAUGAACCCUGAAGUUCUAGGCAAUCGCCGCAGCUAA